GAGAGAGAGAGAGAGAGAGAGAGGCUUACAAUCCUGUGGCUCGAUCGAUCCGUUGUUGUUUGUUCCUCUCCGCACAAGUGGAGAGGUUAAAUUCGUCUGCAACAAGGAAUAUAUCAAAUGAAAUGUUCUAAGGACCUAAAAGUAUAAGUCCUAUCCUUGCGAUUAAAGCCUCAAGUGGUUUGAUGGGUAAGGAAACUCAGUCACAAUCUAAAAGUGGAGUUAGUGACGAAGGUUGCUCUCCUAGUGACAGUGACAAUUUAGAGUCUUACUCCCGCCAUAGUUCGGAGAAGGAUGUUGGCUUGGGAACUUGUCGUGUAUGCCAAUGUGUUGAAUCAGAGAAAAGGGGAGAUGCAGCAUUAGAGUUUUUAGAUAUAGUUCCUCCGUUACAGGAAGCAUGUAAAAGCAAUGGAGAAAUGAAUCCUGAUAAAAAAGUGAUUGUGAAAAAUGCUGAAAGCGAUGUUUCUGUAAAGAAGAAUGUUAGAGAAUCUCGUCUCGUGGAACUUGUAAGUCCUGAUGGUGAGGUUCUCAUCUGUAAUGUCGAUUUAGAAAUGGGCUCAUGUGACCAUCAAGACACAUUAAUUGAGCUUGGUUGCUCUUGCAAAAAUGACCUUGCUUUGGUACAUUAUGCAUGUGCACUGAAAUGGUUUGUUAACCAUGGAUCUACUGUUUGUGAAAUUUGUGGUCAUGUUGCAAAAAAUAUUAGAACUGCAGACUUUAGAAAGGUUGUGGUUUCUUUGAAAGAAUAUGAAGCACUGAGGGAAAGGACUGCUAGUGGAGAACCCAAUCCUGCCCAUGUUCAAACAAGUACUGGUGUAGACCCUGAUGCCGUAGCUGCUAUCCGAAGGCAACGGCUGAGUGAGAUUUCCCUAUGGUUUGGUCCACAUAAUAACAGUAAUAAUAACAAUCAUGCUCCAGUUUCACAAGCUGUAUCUGAACAGUCUUUGAAUACUGUAACUGAAGACGUUACGCCUGCUGAAAAUCUUGCUGCAAAGUGGGCUGUGGAAGGUACUGGGAUUCUUCUUGCUACAGGUCUACUUACUGUUACUCUUGCAUGGCUCAUCGCUCCUCGAGUUGGGAAGAAAACUGCCCGAAGUGGUCUUCAUAUUCUUCUUGGAGGCAUUUGUGCUUUAACAGUCGUCGUGUUCUUUCGCUUUUUUGUGCUUACCAGAAUCAAGUAUGGGCCUGCACGCUAUUGGGCAAUCUUGUUUGUCUUUUGGUUUCUUGUGUUUGGUAUAUGGGCUUCACGGACACAUGGUGCUCAUUCAACGUGAUUAUAUCAUUAUUAUUAUUAUUAUUAUUAUUUUUGUUUGAUAAGAAACAUAUUUGUUUAUGCUAAUUAAUCGAGUUUGUUUGUUUUUUCCUCUUUUAGUUUGUUCCUUUCUCAUUUCUCUCAUGGUAAAAGAAACUUUUGAAACUUCAUCAGGAAUAAUCUUGGGUAUAUAUUUUUUAUGCUAGAUUGUGGUAUAUUGUUGAGUAAGCUCUUGAUAGGUAAUCUGGAUGUGUUGUACCGACAGUUAUCAU